AUGUCACUCACAACUAUGAUCACUUCCUGUGUUAGGGGAGACACUGCACGGACACGGAGCUGAGAGAAUUGUGCUACAGUUCUGACAUUAACAUAUUAAUAGGAGGGAUUUGAAGAGGCAGCAAGAAGAUGAAGUAACUGCGCUAGAUAUAGUAGGGUAGUCCGUUUUUAGAACUGUACCAUAUCUAAGGCAAGGGGUAUUUUGUUUGUUUGUUUAUUGCAAUGCCAGCUGGAGUUUCUUGGCCUCGCUACCUGAAGAUGCUAGGAGCAAGUGUUCUGUCCAUGUUUGCUGGAGCAGAAGUUGUUCACAGAUAUUACAGACCAGAUCUUAGUGUGCCUGAUAUUCCGCCUCGUCCAGGCGAAUUGAAAACAGAGCUCCUGGGACUGAAAUCACAAGAACAGCAGAAAAAUAUCUAACUGCUACAGUUCCUGAAACUUAUUGCAAGUGUCUGUUUUAGAUGCAUUAUUUAAUUUGUUAAAAUGAAUGAAAACAUUAUUUUUAUAUAAAAAUGUACUAUUUCAAAAUCUUUAUAUAAAAUAAAAAACACAAAAAUUUUGGAUGUACUGUUGAUCCUUCCAUGAAAGUUUAGACCUAACCUUUCCAUUCUUGAUUCGUGCAUUGUUCUUUCUUCUCUGCACCAAUUACCAAAGUUAGUUGGAAGAAUAUAGGAUAAAUAAGUGUAGCAGUAUUUUAUGCUUGUACCCAAGAAAAACUGAAGCUGCAUUUAUUUUCAUAAAUUUUUUGGAUGUUUC